AAAAGAUUCAGUCAACGGUUUUGUUUCAGCGGUUAAAGGUGAUUAUUUGGAUUUGAUAACUCGGAUGAAAGUUUAAUUAUAUUCAUGUUGUUAUAUGUCAUUGUGGACCCUAAGAUGUGCAUUUUUUUUUAUUGUUUUUAUCUAAAAACAAAAAUAUAAAAAUGUUUGUGUUUUUGUUAAAUCAAGUGUAAAAAAAAAAUUGAAAAUAUAAAUAAAAAUAAUAAUACAUAAUAAUUUUCACUUAAGUGAAAUUAUUAGUGAAAGUGAAAAAAAGGUUAUCCUUUUCUUAAAACAAAAAUAAAAAUAUAUACAAAAAAUCAAGAAAACGGAUAACACUCAGUGACCACAUUGGAUUACAUUUAUUUUUGACUUUUAAACAAUCACCAAUAAAACCUAACGGAUUUUGUCAGUACCCAUAUCAAAAGAUUUGGAAAGAAAUUUUAAGUGGAAUAACUAAAAGAAAUCGUUUUUUAAUGCGGCAGCUUUAAAGAAAGAGGAACUCAUCUGUCAUCAUCAUUUCCAUAAUGACAGAUUGCAGCAGCAGCAUUCAGGGCUCGAUGUGUUCAACAACGGCGAGCGAUGUCAUCUCAUCGUCGACUCGCAGUGCAAUAGUAUCGAAUCCCCGAAUUCGGGUGAUUCGUUUGGUGCGUCCUAAUUCGCGACGAAUUUUGGUCACGCCCGACAACAAUGUGACAUUCGGAUUCGCCAUACGCGGUGGCAAGGAAUUUGGCACGGGAUUUUUUGUUUCGCGUGUGGAGAAGAGCAGUGAGGCUGAUAUCAAGGGAUUGCGGGUGGGAGAUCAAAUAAUUCGUGUAAAUGGAUAUCAUGUUGAUGAUGCAGUUCAUAAGGAGUUCACACAGUUCGUGUCCAGUCAAGAUCGCUUAACCCUAAAAGUUCGAGGUGUUGCAAUGCUGCCAAUGAAAGACAAUCAAUGCGACCCUCUUAGCUGGCACAUAGUACCACGAUCCGCACUAUCAUCCCUGAAUCCCCUCAUGGAUGACUAUAGUGUGGGUCAAAAAGAUGCCCGUAUAAUACUCAAAGUUGCCCCCCGCACCAAACUUGGCCUGGGCAUAUGCAAAGGUCCCGAAUGGAAACCUGGAAUCUUUGUUCAAUUCACCAAAGAUUACAGUGUUGCCAGAGAUGCUGGCCUCCGACCUGGCGAUCAAAUUCUAAGCGUUAACAGCAUCGAUUUCUCAGAUGUCCUCUUCAGUGAAGCCGUUGCCGUUAUGAAGAGUUCAUCCACACUCGAAAUGGUGGUGCGAUCUGGUGCCGGUUUGGACCUCUUUCCUGGCGAAUCGAGUGGUUACAAUAGUUCAGCUAGUAGUGUAACAGGCGAUCAGAGUCCAUGUUGGGCCGAUCAGUCAGCCAAACGUUUGAGUUCGGUGCGCGAAGAGCCAUUGUCAUCAUCAUCAUCAGCAGCAGCGAAAAGCCAUCUCUGGCACGAUCGCAGAAAAAAUCCACCUCUUACGUCAGCCCUCCAGUCAUCAUCGGCUUCCUCGUCCUGCUCCUCAGCCACAAUCAAAGAUGAGUCCAACAAAACGAUUAUCCAACUCUCCGAAAGCGGCACACUCAUCAACAAUACAAUGGUGGCAAGCAACCACGACAGUGGCGCAUCCACUUCAUCAUCCAUCUCGUCGUCGUCGUCUUUGUCAUCGUCCGCCUCCAUGUGCGAUGAUUCCAAUCUCAAGCUGAAUUUCAUAAUGCCACCCGAUCAGGCAAAUCCCCAUCACCAUCGAACGCCACAGUUGAUACCGCCACCGCCCCCUCCGACGCCUGGCAGCGGCGGUGGUGAUACGCAACAACUGCAGCAUGCUAAUGGCAAGAUCGCCGACAUUUGCUUCGUGUCACGCCAGAGCGAGACGAAGACAGUCAUUGUCGAGGUGCACAGAAGCGCAACCGAUAAGAACAACGCAAAGGGUCGUGCACCAUCACCUCCGAAACCUCCACCGCCGCUGCUAUCGUCGUCAUCGUCGUUGUUGGAACACCAGGUGAAUUGUGUCAGUGCUUCCAAAAAUAACAGCACUAACAACAACAACAAAAGUCACAAUAGAACGCCAUCCAUUGCCAGCAGUAGCAUGAGUAUUCCCGGCUCAAUUAGCGGAACCAGUUUAUGCAGUGCCAUUAGUGAAGAGUUGAAAAAGCGACGUGAGAGAACUAGCAAAGAUACAAACCACUCUGAAGAUAAUGGCGAUUUAAUGCAGCAGAGACAACCACCACGGCGAAUUGGAAAUCCAAAUUGUGCUGACGAUGAACGUCGCCACAGUGCGUUAAUGGAUGAAUUCAAACGCGCCCACAAGCGGAUGUUCCGGAACGGAUUUAUAGAGACAGAUAGAACGGAACGUCAAGUGGAACUCCGCAAAACGGCAAUGAUGCAAGAUGAAGUCGAUCAUCGUUCCAGUAAUUGCAAUGUCUCCAAGACUGAAUACAACAACUUAAUCAGCAGUUCAAUGCAAAAUGAUACAAAUGGCUAUUAUCCAACACCUCCACCGCCACCACAAUUUGCCAACAAAAGCGAAAACUACACCCAACACAGAUCACCGCCAAAUUCACCAGCGCCCGACUACAGCCAAUCUCCGGUGCACACCCUAACACGCAAUUCCAAGGUGCCCUUCCGCAAUGGCACACUCACCCGUUCAGAUCGAAACAACGAAGUAGCCAGAGCAAAUGGUGAUCAUGCUGAAUUGGAAUCAAUAGAUUCAUAUCAAAUGAGGAAUCCCUCAUCCACAAUUCCACGUCCACCUUCGUUGUAUUUUGCUCCACAAAAUUCUGGCCCACCAACAAUGAAAAAGAACAAACGACCAGUAUCCGUUACAAUCGGCGAGUAUUCGAGUGUACCAGUUAAUCGAAAGGAACCAUCAAAGCUGGAAUUUAUUGCCAAGUCACCCGAAAAUGGACAUCACGAGGAACCAAUGGCUGCGGAUUUGCUUCGUAGUGAACUUGAACAGACUUUGAGUCGAUCGAAUUUGAAGAAGAGAAACGAAGAGAGAAUCUAUAACAAUUACAACAAUAACAAUAUUAAUAACAACAACAAUAACAAUGAAGUUGACCAAAAGCUUGAAGAAGCCACUAGUGAGCUGCAGAAUAUUAUACUGCGCCAAAGAAGUCCCAAUGGCAGUGCCUAUGGCAAAUCAGUGUUUCAAAAGACCCAAUCGUCAAAUAUUGAAAAACUUACCCAAAUGCUACAAAAUCGACAGUCGACAAUGUUUGAAGGAGCCAAUGGAGGAGGAGGGACAUUACCCAAUCCAGCUCGAGUGACAAUCAGCGUUCCGAACAACAAUAAUCACGCUGAACUGCGUAAGACUGAGAGCAAUCCGUCACAUGAGCUGGUAAUGAUGACAACAUCAACGACGACGUCAUCCUCCACACCAAUGGCCAACGGAAAUGGUAUUCUUAAAAAUGGUUCUGCCUAUUCUCGAAACAGUUAUUCGUCAUCGGAGAAGAGCAUAUCGUUUGGCAAUUAAAGCGAGGUGUCGCCAUAAAACACCUAGCGACAUCUAGUGUCAUAUAUUAUAAACAAAUUUAUUAUUAAUUAUUAUUUUUUUUUCAUUUUUUUUGUUUAUUUCUUAAUUUUCUUAUAUAUUUUAUGUAAUUUUCUUUGGCUUAAGUGUUUUGUUUUUUUUUUAAUUUUUCUUUUGUUUUGCUUGAUUUUUGUCUUUUUUUUUUUAACUUUUUGUUUUAUGUUUCGAGUAACUGUAUAUUAUAAAAAUUAAAGAAAAUAAUAAAAUAAUUGUAAUUGUUAUGAAGAAAUAAAAAAAAUACGAAAAUACGAAACAAAAUUAAUAUAUCAAUUUUUAUUA